UGAAAGUAUAUAAGACAUGUCCAAGGGCGCCAAGAACAGAAGAAGCAUCCAGAGGUAUCUGAAACCAACUCUUCAAAUAUCCUGUUCCUCAAGAGACAGAAAAACAGAAAUGACUGGCGCUGCAGUGUCCGUGUGCCUACUCUUUGUCCUGUCUGUAUGUUCAGCGUGUUACAUCUCCAACUGUCCUAUCGGUGGGAAGAGAUCCAUCAUGGAUGCACCGCAGCGAAAGUGCAUGUCUUGUGGCCCCGGAGACAGGGGCCGCUGCUUCGGCCCCAGCAUCUGCUGCGGGGAGGGCAUUGGGUGUCUGCUGGGUUCCCCGGAGACAGCUCACUGUGUGGAGGAAAACUACCUGCUCACACCCUGCCAGGCGGGAGGGAGACCCUGUGGAUCUGAGGGAGGACGCUGCGCUGCUUCAGGACUCUGCUGUGAUGCAGAGAGCUGCACUACAGAUCAAUCCUGCCUCAUGGAGGAGGAAGGAGACGACCAAAGCAGUCAGUUCGAAGGCAGCGACCCCGCUGACCUCUUCCUCAGGCUGCUGCAUCUGGCCGGUCACACUUCUCAUCGAGUUCACCAAUGAGCAGCUCCUGACGACCUAGCCUCACGGGAAAUGGCAUUUGUAGCUGUAGUUCAAAGUUGUAGUUCUAUUUGUCAUUUUGCUCUUUCCCCUGGAGUACGUCUGUAGAGUGCCCUUGUCAAUAUAUUUUUCUGUAUGAAAAUAGGGAUGAAAACUGACAGUGGUCAUCCAAUCUGCAUGUUGAAAUAAAG